ACCAACUGCAAAGGCUGAGCCGGAGGCUUCCUGCGGAGCCCAGCGCGCCAGGAUGGAGGAGGGAAUGAAUGUUCUCCAUGACUUUGGGAUCAGGUCCACAUACUACCUGCAGGUGAAUUACCAGAAAGCCCAGGACUGGUUCAUCUUGGUGUCCGUGCUCGCAGACCUCAGGAAUGCCUAUUAUGUUCUCUUCCCUAUUUGGUUCCAUCUCCGAGAAGCUGUGGGCAUCAAACUCCUCUGGGUAGCCGUGAUUGGUGAUUGGCUCAACCUCGUCUUUAAGUGGAUUCUCUUCGGCCAGCGCCCAUACUGGUGGGUUCUGGACUCCAACUACUACAGCAAGACUUCCGCUCCCCCGAUAAAGCAGUUUCCAGUCACCUGUGAGACGGGGCCAGGAAGUCCCUCCGGCCAUGCCAUGGGAGCAGCUGGUGUGUAUUAUGUGAUGGUCACAUCUGCCCUCUCUAUCUUGAAGGGCAAGAAAAAGUCAACGUACACCUUUAGGUGCUUAAGUGUCCUUUUGUGGCUGGGAUUCUGGGCCGUGCAGCUGAAUGUCUGUCUGUCUCGAAUCUACCUCGGUGCUCAUUUUCCCCACCAGGUUGUCGCUGGAGUCUUGUCAGGUAUCGCUGUGGCCGAGACCUUCCGCUACAUCCAGAGCAUCUACAAUGCGAGUCUCAAGAAGUAUUUUCUCAUCACGCUCUUCCUGUUCAGUUUUGCCAUUGGAUUCUACCUGCUGCUUAAGGCCCUGGGUGUGGACCUUCUGUGGACUCUCGCGAAAGCCAAGAAAUGGUGUGAGCGGCCGGAGUGGGUGCACAUCGAUACCACGCCCUUUGCCAGCCUCCUCAAGAACCUGGGGACUCUCUUUGGCCUGGGCCUGGCUCUCAACUCAGGCCUGUACAAGGAGAGCUGCAAGGGCAAGCUUGGCAAGUGGCUGCCCUUCCGCCUCGGCUGCAUCGGGGUCUCCCUCAUCUUCCUGCACAUCUUUGACUCCUUGAAACCCCCAUCCCACACCGAGCUGGUCUUCUAUGUCCUGUCUUUCUGCAAGAGCGCCACCGUGCCGCUGGCCUCUGUCGGCCUCAUCCCCUACUGUCUCUCCCGGGUCCUGGGCCCAUCGGACAAGAAGUCUUUGUAAGGGAUGUGGAGAGUUCAGGAUUCCGUGUCAAGGACCAUGUCAAGGAUGAGGGUGGGGGGGAUGGGGGCUGGAGCGAUAGCACAGCAGGUAGGGCGUUUGCCUUGCUUGUGGCCGACCUGGGUUCGAUUCCCAGCAUCCCAUAUCGUCCCCUGAGCAUCACCAGGGGUAAUUCCUGAGUGCAGAGCCAGGAGUAACCCCUGUGCAUCGCCAGGUGUGACAAAAAAAAAAAAAGGAUGGGGGUCGGUAGCGUGGGGGAGCUGGACUCUUCUUCCAACCCGGUUGAAACCAGAGGUGCUAGAGUCAGCUUGGAUGAGCCUCUUCCACCUUUGUGGUUCUAAUUGCAUGAGGUGAUGUUUGGUGGGGGAGUGAAUUUGUGAAAGAAAAGACUCAUUUGCUAGAGGUUGGGCCCACCUGGGUUUCCCUGUGAAGACUGGCUUGUUCUUCUAUCAGAGUGACAGAAACGAGCUUGUCAGGAAGGACUUGCUCACAGUCCCACACUGGGAAACCCACCGGAGAAUUUUUCUCCCCGUGCCCACCCGAACUGGGAAAAGGAGCAGGAGCGGCGGGGUUGAGAGGCGGGAAAGGGUGGAUGGAGGACUCGAGUAUCUUUCAUCUCAUGAAAAUUAUAUGUCAAGUAAUACCUGAUUGGCUUUCUAUUUGAAUCUAUAGGUAAGGAACUCUCAAGAGUGGGGACUAACUUAACUGGUGGUUGGUGGAGGAACUCUGUUUCUGUGGGGUUUCUGGUCUUUCUCUGUGAUGCAUCCACAUUCAUUGUAUUUCUGAAUGCCUGCUGCAACAUAAACAAUGUCAGGACAUUCAGGCCCAGCCAGCUUCCCCUCCUCCCACUAGAUCUCCUAUGCAUGUGUGCGUGCGUGUGACUGCGUAUGUGUGUGUGUGCGUGUAUGCCUGUGUGUGUGUGUGCUCACUCGUGCAUGCAUAAGGGACCAAUCCUAGGCACCAACACAUGUCAGACAUAUGCUCUACCACUGAGCUACGUUCCUACACCCCUAAUCUUCCUCUUUAUGAGCCCAGCUCUGCUUUUCUCAAAGCUUUCUAUACUCCCCACACUUACCCGGCAGUAACCUCGGUGGCUGAAAAAUGAUUCCAAGGUGACACUUGUGCAUUGAUUAAGCUCUGAAAUCUUGGACAAAAUGGAAAGAAGAAGCAAAGAUUCCUUUCUGCAGAAGGUCACUCCAAAUGUUCCCUUUGACUCCUGGGGGAUAGAUAUGUCUCCUUUCUCUAGCCAAAGCCAACCAAAGACACUUUCUUAGACUAACAGCCAACUCCUUGCCUGUUCUCCAAUCUCAACUGAUUUGCAGAAAUAUCCUUUUUAAAAAGAAGUGAGCCAUCUAUUUAUUUGAAAGUCCUUGUUUUUUGCUACCAAUUAUAUACUAUACUGUAUA